GUUCCAUUUUGCCUGUCACCAGGAGAUAAAUUCCUCUACCCAACAAAGAAGAAAACAGAAAAACCGCCACGAGAGGCAAAAACGAUGUCGUCUAAGCGAAAUCACACGACGGAGCUGGGAUGCAUAGCGUGCGAGGAGCUGAGCGACGUUGGCGCAGGAAAGGAAGGUUGGCUGGUGGAUAACCCGAGUCUUCUAUGCGCGCUUGACACCCACUCUAUCGCUCUCGCAAAUCGUUCUCUCAUCUUAAUCACCGGAUGGGACGAUGGGCCCCGCCUCAAGAUCCGACCCAAUUUAUCUCCCAUCGAGUCUGAAUCUAUCACCGCAUUGGAGUGGCUGGUCUUUGACGAAAUUCGAGUUAUUGCUGUGGGGACUUCUUGUGGGUAUUUAUUGGUUUAUUCUUUGGACGGGCAAUUGAUUCAUAAACAGAUGGUGUAUACUAGGCGAAUUCUGAAAAUAAGAGUUCGUGGAACUAAGAAAGAUUUGACACAACAAACAUCAUCUUCAGAAGAGAUUUCAAUUGUUAUUCCUGGUGUAAUUGCACGUUUUGAUGGCUCUGAUUUUCAGAAUAUGCUGCAAGAAUGGCUUCAAGAAACAAAUUCUCAGUUUUGGGAUGAAAAGCCCACUAAGAGGGAUUCAGAUGCUUUAGGGAACACGUUCAAGAGAAUACCUUACCAGUUAUGGAAUGUUAAUAAAUAUGGGUCAUGCGCUGAUGCAGCUAUUACUGGCAUUAUGCCUCCUCCACUGAUGGAAAUUCAGUCAAGUCAACGAUACUAUUGUGCAGUCACUGUAGGAGAAGAUGCUGUAAUUUCAGCUUACAGACUUUCAGAAGACCGUGGCAGAUCUAUAGUGGGAGCUAUUCUGUCAAAAGUUGUACCUGCAACAUUCUCAACAAUAGCUUCUUUCUCCAAAAUCAUAUGGCGGAAUGAACAGAAAUCAGCCAAAAAUUCAGAAGCAAAGCCUCAGUCAUUUGCUAAAGCUUCUCCAUUGACAUGUUUGAAGGAUCACCCAAGGAAAGGUGAGAAGCUCACAUUGUCACCAAGUGGAACAUUGGCUGCAAUAACAGAUUCACUUGGUCGUAUAUUGCUCUUAGACACUCAAGCACUUGUAGUUGUGCGGCUGUGGAAGGGAUAUCGUGAUGCUUGUUGUUUCUUCAUGGAGAUGCUAGUUAAAAGGGACAAUGCAGGGGCUAGCUCCUCUUAUUAUGAACCAUCAAAGAGCGAUUAUUGCCUGUGUCUAGCUAUUCAUGCACCUCGGAAAGGAAUCAUUGAGGUCUGGCAGAUGAGAACUGGACCACGUCUUCUAACAAUUCAAUGUUCCAAGGGUAGUAAAUUACUUCAACCGACAUACAGGUUCGGAUCGUCAGCAGACUCGCCAUAUGUUCCUCUAGAAGUAUUCUUGUUGAACGGAGAUUCUGGACAAUUGUCAGUUCUAAAUCGCUCUCUUAGUUGAAUUUCCAGAAGAGUAAUCUUUGUCCUCAGGUUCCAUGCAGCAAGACAUUACACUAGAAAUGCAUUUGCAUUACAUUUGUUUACAGCUUACCAAAAGAAGCUUUACUGUUGAUUCUUUCAUUUCUUCAGCAACAUAUUGUUUUUGUUUGCUGUAUAAUAUUGUAAACAAGUGUAAUUUAGAAAUGUACACAACACCUCAGUAAUCAUAACAUUUUCUAUUUCCCCAUGCUUAAGGCGGGGAGGAAGGGAAAAUUUGCAUUAUGGUAGUAACUAAUGUUAUACAAACAUUUUAACAUCUAAUGAUGUUCUCGUUCUUUUUGUUCAGAGAAAUUAAAUGUUUGAAAUUGGGAGAUUGAUUGGCA